AUGCAAUCGUUACUCCAGUAUCGAAGGGCUGGCGCUGCGGCUCAGGCGCAGAUUGAUCGCGAUAUCGGCAAGGCGAGACAGCAUACGACGCCGAAUACUGGACGCGAUGUUGAAGCCGGACUUGAAGGUCGAAACUCGCUGAAUGAGAAGGAAGAGCGAGAUGCUACAAGGUUGCCGCCGAUCACGGAGGCAGACACUUAUGCUUCGAGCGAUGAGAUCCCCGAACAGUCGCUGCAGCAGACCGUAACGGCUCAAACCAUUCGACGAUGCAUGUCCGGCGGCAUCGCUUUGGGUCAGGUACUCACAGGAAUUAAUGUCCAGGAUCACAAGAACGACAAAGGCCACGAUGGAAAGGUUUUCGUGGUUGGUUGGGAGGGUCCAGACGACCCUCUUGAUCCUCACAACUGGUCGGUUGGAAGACGCAUUGGAGUCACUCUACAGAUCUCCAUCAUCGCUCUUUUUGUCGGAGCAGCAUCCGGUAUUGAUGCGACGGUUCUUCCGCAAGCAGCAGAAUCAUUGGGGGUUAGCGAAGUUGCUGAGUCUCUCGCAACAGGUCUCUACUUGGUUGGAAUGGGCCUCGGUUCGCUAAUAGCAGGCCCUUUCUCCGAGACGUUCGGUAGAAAUGCAGUCUACAUCUUCUCCAUGGCAAUCUUCAUGAUCUGGAUAAUGGCAUCAGCUCUCGCACCUAACUUUGGUGCGCAAAUCACCUUCCGCUUCCUCGCCGGUUGCUCAGCCUCAACACCCCUUGUUUGUUCUGGAGGUUCUAUAGCAGACAUGUACAACAGUCUUGAGAAGACCUGGAGCUUUCCUCUGUACGCUGUUGCAGGCUUUGGAGGACCGAUGUUAGGUGCUGUAAUGGGCGCGUAUAUAGGACCGUCGAGUGCAGUGAGCUGGCGGUGGACUGAGUGGACGAUGCUCAUCGCAUCAGGGCUGGUCCUUGUACUGGUUCUGCUUUUCAUGCCUGAGACUUACGGUCCGCUUCUCUUGCAGUGGAAAGCAGCUCAUUAUCGGCGAAUCACUGGAGACGACCGGUUUCGAUGUCAGCACGAGAUCGCUGAUGCGAGUCUUUUUAGUAGACUCAAGGUCAGCAUGACACGGCCCUUCCUGAUGCUGACGGAACCCAUCAUUAUCGCCAUGACGCUAUACAUCAGUGUUCUGUACAUCGUACUGUUCACUUUCCUUGUUGGUUGGCCGUACAUCUUUGAGAAGACGUAUGGUCUUGACCAAGGACUCGCCAACAUUAUCUUCGUCGCCAUGUUCCUCGGAACACAGAUCAACUUCGCUUUCGUCCCGAUAGUAUACCGCAAGACGCUCCGGGCGACUCAAAAUCAAGCAGAUGGCCACUUCAAGUCCGAGAUACGUCUCUGGUACGCCAUGCUCGGUGCAGCUGCUGCGAUCCCCAUCUCACUCUUUUGGCUCGGCUGGACCAACUACUCUAACAUCAGCAUCUGGUCCGCCAUUUUCGCUGUGGUCCUUUUCGGUUAUGGCGUCACAGGCAUAUUCAUCUGCGUUUAUAUGUAUAUCAUCGACUCCUACGAGAUAUACUCAGCAUCGGCACUCACAUUCGUGUCUUUGACGCGUUAUGUGAUCGCUGGAGGAAUGACGGUAGUGGGCAUACCGUUUUACGAAAACAUGGGCACCCAUUACACAUUGACCAUCAUGGCUUGUUUUGCGGUGGUAUUGGCUACGAUCCCUUACGUGCUUUACUUCUAUGGACACAAGAUAAGGGCAAAGAGCAAAUACGCAUUCACACACUAG